CCGUUCCCUCCCGCCCGCAUGGUGACGGUGCCGGCGCGGCACUACUGCGCCGUGCUGCACCCCGCGGCCCGGGCGCCCGGCGGAGCCGCCCUGCUCGACGGCGCCGGCCAGGCCCGGCUGCGGCACGGCGACCUCGAGGUGCGCCUGGCGCAGGAGCCCUUCCCGCUCUACCCGGGCGAGCAGCUCCAGCAGGACGUGACGCCGCUGCAGGUGGUGCUGGCCGACACGGCGCUGCGCCUCCGCGCCCUGCUCGACUUCGAGGCCGAGGACGGCACCCGCUACGUGGCCGGCGACGAGUGGCUCUUCGAGGGUCCCGGCACCUACAUCCCUCGCAAGGAGGUGGAGGUGGCCGAGAUGCUGCAGGCCACCGUCAUCGGCCCCAACCAGGCGGUGCGCCUGCGGGCGCGCAAGGAGUGCGCCGACCGCGAGGGCGCCCGCCGCGUCACAGGCGAGGAGUGGCUCGUGAAGCGGGUGGGCGCCUACCUGCCCGGCGUCUACGAGGAGGUGCUCGACGUGGUGGACGCCAUCGUCCUCACCGAGAAGAAAGCCCUGCACCUUCGGGCGACGAGGACCUUCCGGGACGCCCAGGGCACGGUACGACGCACGGGCGAGGAGUGGCUGGUGACGCACGAGCAGAGCGAGGCCUACAUCCCCGACGUCUUCGAGGAGGUGGUGGCCGAGGUGCCCGUCACCACCCUGGGGCCCCGGCAGUACUGCGUCGUCCUCGACCCCGUGGGGCCCGACGGCAAGCCCCAGCUGGGCCAGCAGCGCGUCAUCAAGGGCGAGAAGUCCUUCUUCCUGCAGCCGGGCGAGCGGCUCCAGGCGGGCAUCCAGGACGUCUACGUGCUGGCCGAGGACGAGGGGCUGCUGCUGCAGGCGCUGCAGACCCUCAUCCACCCCGAUGAGGAGGGGACGGAGGUGCGGCGGCGGGCGGGCGAGCGCUGGUUGGCCCGCGGCCCCCUCGAGUACGUGCCGCCGGCCGAGGUGGCCGUGCUGGAGAGGCGCCGCGCCGUCGCCCUCGGCGAGGGUGAGGGCAUCUACGUGCGCGACAUCCGCACCGGCAAGGUGCGGGCCGUGGUGGGUCAGACCUACAUGCUGACGGCCACCGAGGAGCUGUGGGAGAAGGAGCUGGCGCCCGGCGUGGAGGCGCUGCUGGCGCCCGCCCGCGACCCCCGGGGCCCCCCGCCGGGGGGGGACGCCGGGGACGGGGGGGACGGCGACGGCGGCGGGGGGGGCCGGCGGGACCGCACGCGGGCCGUGACCUUCCGCGUGCCCCACAACGCCGCCAUGCAGCUCUACGACUACCGGGAGCGGCGGGCGCGCGUGGUGCUGGGCCCCGAGCUGGCGCUGCUGGCGCCCGGCGAGCAGCCCACGGUGCUGGUGCUCUCGGCCGGGCGCCCCAAGCGGCCCCGCGCCCGCCGCGCCCUCUGCCUCCUCCUCGGCCCCGACUUCUGCGCCGACCUCGUGGCCAUCGAGACGGCCGACCACGCCCGGCUCCAGCUCCAGCUGGCCUACAACUGGUACUUCGAGGUGCCGGCGUCGCCGGCGGAGCUGGGGCGGCUCUUCAGCGUGCCGGACUUCGUGGGCGACGCGUGCAAGGCGCUGGCCUCGCGCGUGCGCGGCGCCGUCGCCGCCGUCUCCUUCGACGACUUCCACAAGAACUCGAACCGGGUGAUCUGCUCGGCCGUGUUCGGCUUCGACGAGAACGGGCGCCUGCGGGAGCAGCUCCGCUUCGCCGCCAACGGGCUGGUGGUGACGAGCGUGGACAUCCAGAGCGUGGAGCCCGUGGACCAGCGCACGCGCGACUCCCUCCAGCGCAGCGUCCAGCUCGCCAUCGAGAUCGCCACCAACUCCCAGGAGGCCGCCGCCAGGCAGGAGGCGGAGCGGCUGGCGCAGGAGGCCCGCGGGCGCCUCGAGCGCCAGCGCCUGCUCGACCAG